GCGAAGAUGGCGUCCACCAUCCCGGCUUCCGCCGAGUCGGCUCCGCGCAUCUUUCGGCUGGUGUCCGAGUGCAGUCGCUCCAGAGCCCGAGCCGGGGAGCUGCGGCUGCCGCACGGGCCGGUGUCCACUCCGGUGUUCAUGCCCGUGGGCACGCAGGCCACCAUGAAGGGGAUCACCGCGGAGCAGCUGCACGACCUGGGCUGCCGCAUCUGCCUGGGCAACACCUACCACCUGGGGCUGCGGCCGGGUCCUGAGCUCAUCCAAAAAGCCCAGGGUCUCCAUGGCUUCAUGAACUGGCCCCACAAUCUCCUGACGGACAGCGGAGGCUUCCAGAUGGUGUCCCUGGUGUCGCUCUCCGAGGUGACAGAGGAGGGCGUCCGCUUCCGCUCCCCCUAUGAUGGCAAAGAGACCCUGUUGAGCCCAGAGAGGUCGGUGGAGAUCCAGAAUGCGCUGGGCUCAGACAUCAUCAUGCAGCUGGACGACGUGGUCAGCAGCACUGUGACAGGCCCCCGCGUGGAGGAGGCCAUGCACAGAUCAGUCCGCUGGCUGGACCGGUGCAUUGCAGCUCAUCAGCGGCAUGACAAGCAGAAUCUGUUCGCCAUCAUCCAGGGUGGGCUUGAUGCGGAUCUCCGGACAACUUGCCUUGAAGAAAUGACCAAGAGGGACGUGCCGGGCUUUGCCAUUGGGGGCCUGAGUGGGGGCGAGAGCAAGGCCCAGUUCUGGAAGAUGGUGGCGCUGAGUACCUCCAUGCUGCCUAAGGACAAGCCCCGCUACCUCAUGGGGGUCGGCUACGCCACGGAUCUCGUGGUCUGCGUGGCCCUCGGCUGUGACAUGUUCGACUGCGUCUUUCCCACCCGGACAGCGCGCUUUGGCUCCGCCCUGGUGCCCACCGGGAACCUGCAACUGAAGAGGAAGCAGUAUGCCAAGGACUUCGGCCCCAUUGACCCGGAUUGCGCCUGCCCCACCUGCCAGAAGCACAGCCGGGCCUUCCUGCACGCCCUGCUCCACAGCGACAACACGGCGGCCCUGCACCACUUGACUGUCCACAACAUCGCCUACCAGCUGCAGCUGAUGAGCGCCAUGCGCACCAGCAUCCUGGAGCAGCGCUUCCCUGACUUCGUGCGGAGCUUCAUGCGCACCAUGUACGGGGACCACAGCCUCUGCCCCGCCUGGGCCUCCGAAGCCCUGGCCUCUGUGGGGAUCACAUUGAACUGAGCAGGCCACGACAGAGGGAAGUUGGGGGCUUUGGAAGAGAUUUUUUUUUAAAGAUUGUUUGUACUUUCUUGUCGGGGGGAGCGGGCGACCGUGGGGCCUGAACUCUGGGCCUGGGCGCUGUCCCUCAGCUCUUCAG